GAUGAGUGGCGAGGCCGGAGUAGUGAAGAAAGCGACCCUUCCCACCUGCCAGUUGUUGUUGUGCCUUGCUGAACCUACCAGUGUAUGGAAGACAUGUUGAUCGAGGACAUAGGCACGGCGGGGAGCAAGUGUGAGGAAGAGGAGGACGAGGAAGGAGGUGAGGCAGCCGGAUACAGCGUGGAGGACCCGGUGACGGAGGAGGAGGAGGCGGCGGCGGCCACACAGGAGCCUCCUACCGCCAUCAUCGUCACCAACCUCCUCCCCAACACCUUCGACGACCCUCAGGCCCGAGUUAUAUUUGAGUCGUUGUUUCAUGAUGUAGACAAAAGUGUCACAUUUCAAUACUUCAGGAGCUUCAGAAGAGUGAGAGUAAACUUUGCUUCACAUGCACAAGCUUCUACCGCGCGUGAUAACCUCCACAUGACAGAGUUUAAUGGGGAAGUCAUCAAGUGCUACUUCACCCAGCCAAUAAUUCUUGGAGGCAAUCGAGAAGGUGGACCUCACCUCAAACCACCAAAACGGGAAAAACAGUUCCUGAUAUCCCCUCCUGCAUCGCCACCUGUGGGUUGGGAACCCAUCGAUGAGGCAGAACCUCUCAUAAAUUAUGAUCUGAUUUCAGCAGUGGCCCAACUUGUUCCAGGGGAAGCCCACGAACUGCAUCCAGCCAUGGAAGAUAAGCCUGGAAUUAUUGUGCAUGUCUGUGAGGAGAGUCUAGCCAAUGACGAGGAACAGGGAGGUGCAAGACGACGCAUUUCACCAUCUCGUCGGCCUACUCCAUGUCCCACAUGCAAAAAGUGAUUCCUGUGAAGUAUAGGUACAUUUGAAUCCCAUUUAGUCUGGAUUCAUAUAAAACAAUGAAAUCCUGUGGCUGGCUCUCUGGAUCUUCACGUGGUGUCUAUAGAAUCCCAACUUGUUUUUGUCCUGUAGUAGGUUGAGUGUCAUUGCUGGCUGUUAAGUGACUGUUACUUUGAUUAGUUACUUGCUUGAAUCACUUUGACCUCUUGACUGUUUCAUUAUUUGUUGGUUAUGUAGCAUUUAAUUUUGUAUUCAUCACUGUUCCAUGGCUUCUUGGGGCUCUCAGUGUUAUGAAUUUCUCAGAGCUUUUUACUGCAAAUAUGAACUAAUCAACUUUAUUCAGAGGCAUAUUUUCCCACUAAAUAAACUGAAUAAAUAUUAUAUAGCUUGUGUGGAUAUUAGUCAACUCAAAGUAGGAUUAUCAUCACUAUAGUUUUGCUGUUUAUGUUAUUGAUGCACUGUACAGUAGAAUACCGGAAUCAAAUCACUCUGACAAUAUCAGUGCCUGAUGUGGAGCUCUUCAGUAGUGAGGGUUUCUCGCUCCUCAGUAUAUUUUUUAGUUUAAUGAAGCAAUAGUUGUAAUAUUUAUUAUGAUUAUCAUUCUGUAAAUUGUUUAAAUUAUUUAAAUUUAUAUCAGAUAAUAUAUAUGUAGUGCAAUAUAAUUUUUACUAGAAUUCUAUUGUUUUAUUUAAUGUGAAGUGUAAGUGUGGCUGUAAAGAAAUGUGUAUUAUGUGCUAGUUCUUAAGAUAAAGCUGUAAAUAUAAAUAAUAUAUAUUUAUGAGUCCUCAAGUUUAUCAUAUUCUGAGAAAAACUGAAAAUUAUAACAGGUUUUGAAAACCCGUUUUUUCAUCAUAAGAUACUAAGAAAUGGAGGGAGAGCAUUUUAAGUUUAAAAAGUUCUCAUGAAGAAAAUAAUACUCUACAUUACUUAAGAAUCUUAACUUGAUAACGGUCCAGGACGGACCAAAACGUCGUCGUCUCCUCAACUUCUAGUGUGUGGUUUGGUCAACAUUUUUCAGCCACGUUAUUAUGACUUCAUCUGCUUAAGAAUCUUAAAUUUAUUGGAAUGAGAGUAUGACUAAGAAUUUUUUUUGAAUCUUGGAUAACCGAAAAUGUUUGUGAUUUUAUUUGGUUUGUCAGGUGGCAGAGUCAUGGUUUGUGUCCCUGGGCUGAAUCUGGCUCCCAAGACUUUCUAAAAAUUCAUCAUAGUGGUUCCUUGGAAAUUUUGGUUCCUGGUGUGUGUGCUUGCCUCAAUGACUGGCUCAUGUGGUACUCCAGUUGUCAGUUACCUGCUAGUCACUGUUUACAAUGGUAUCUUGCACUCUGCCAAGCUUUGUCUGUGUUUCUUUAUGUUCGUCCGUUCCUCUUAUGCGUUUCCUUUCUUAGCUCUUCUCCGAGUGGAAGCUCACUGCUAACUGGACACUUUCUCUAUGGGGCUCUUGUAGAGCUGCUUCAUUUGUUUUCUAGUUCUGUAGCUUUCUUUUUAUGAAGCUUAGUAAGGCAUUCCUCAACAUCUUCUAAUUUCCUCCAGGAGCCCAACUGGCCUCUCAAUAGGAGGUUGGAAUUUAUCUGCCUGCAUUUGUUGUGGCUUCGUCCCUCAUCCAAGGAUCUCAUGCUUAAGGGUGUAUUUCUCAAUAAUAAUAAUUUAUUUAAACAAAUAUUAUAUAGGAUCUGAUUACAGUGCUUAGAUAUGUACUUAUAUUUUACAUAAACCACUAAUACAGUAAUAUGCAGCAUUUUGGACAAACCUUAAAAUUAAUGUGUGUUUAGUUAAAUAUUAUCCUAAAAUUUAAUAACACUUAGAGAUGGAAGUUAACAUGUGUCAAUCUUAAAAAUAUAUAUAUAUAUAUAUUGUCACUACGGUCAUUGAGCUUCAUGCUCUUCUCUUAAGUUUGGUCUGAAUGGACACUUUUGUGCACCUAAUCCCUAAUUUUUGGCUAAACAUAAGACUGAAAUUCAGUUGAGAGAGGCCAAAUCUUGGUUUGGGUUGGGUUUGUUAUUCCAUCUGUGUAUCAUCUCAUUUUAGUUGUGGGCUUAUAUUUUGCAUUUUAGGUUCCCAAUCAUUUCUCAGAUUCACUUUUCCUGAAUCCCACAUAAAAUUCUUCAUACUAUGGUGUCUUGUAUGAAGGUUUGGUUGUAAUCUGCACAGAGAGGUUAAGCUCAGUAGCCAAGGUAAUGAAUGUUUUCCUUAUCCUUUUAAUCUGUUGAUUUCACUAUCCAGUAGGCAUUCAUCCUGUUCUGACAUCAAUGCUUGAAGAGUAUGUUAGUUGAAUUGUAUGCUUGCAUCCUGGCACCUACUUAAGGUUCCACAUUUCCACCAACAUGUGUUGUUCUUGGAUGGCAUUUUUGUCACCUAAACAAUUAAAGGGUCUAGGUUUCGUGAUGUUUGGCCUUCCUGAAAUGCAAGUUGCUUUCUUUCCCUGCAGCUCCAUCUGGUUAUACACCACAGCACAGAUGAACUAAUCCCCCUCUAUAUUUUGUAAUCACUGGCCUUCCAGUUUAACUCUUGCCUAAGGGAGCAAUCAAAUGACAUAGCUCUGAAAUCAUACUUUGAUUGUACAGUAUAUAACUAGCUCUUUGCCAAAUAGAACAUUUAGUUGUUACUGUUUCCUUCUAUCUGUCCCUGCUAACCUUUUUGUAGGGGCUUUGUGUAAGGUAGAAUGUGAGGCGCAUAGUCAGGAAAUUGUGUAGCGAUGCCAUCUGGUGGCAGUCGGGUAAUGAUUACACAGACCAACUAGCAAUUAUCAAGAAUGUUUCUUGGCAAAUAGAUAUUAAGGAGUUUGGAGUUUAUUCUAGAAAGGUUCUUCAAAUAUUAUUCCAGGCCAGAUCAAGUUUUCUGCAGUACGAUUCAAUAGGAAGGUUUCCAAAAGAUCGUUUUGCGCUUGUGCAGAAUGUCAACCUAACUUAACUGUAUGUGAUUCAAUCCAUGGGACCAGCAAGACCUCAUCUAAGGAACAUUCAAGUGACCUAUUAAAAAAGGAACCUUACAUAUAUAUACUCGACCUGAUUUUUGCUGCUUGCCUUUGUGCUUGCACCACUUCUUCAGGCCAAUCCAUGGAUCUAGGUCUUUAUAAAAGAUUUAAGCUCAACCUAAUAAAAAUAACUGAACUUUCAGUGACUUGGGGCCUAGCCAAAACCGCUACAUAAAGGAGUGUUUUGCAUGGACUGUGGCCCUCAACUUCAGCUGAUCUGUUUAAUUCAGAUGACAAGAACAAUGAUUUUGAAAGUUUCUCAUGACAAAAAGUUAGGGUGAAAACAAAUCUCUUAUGAGCGAGAUGCCUUGCCUACAUUUAAACAAUAAAGACUGCCAAGAUUAAACAUCAGUUUAUCUUCAAUUUUAAGGAUGGCCAAGAUUGUUGAAUGUGAUACAGAUGCGCCUAUGGCACAUAGCAUGACUGCUGAGGUCAUGAUAUAAAUAGUGACAAAUACCUAAUCAUGAGGAAGCUAGGAUGAGCCAGAAAAAGAGAAGCCUGUAACACCAUUUUCUCUUACAGAAAUCGGAACCGGGUUUAACAUUGCCAAGUCAAAUUUUAUGUGUAUUUGCAUCCUGAUAUUUAUCAUAGGUUUGGUACAUAUCAGAAUUUUACUUUCAAAAUGACGAUGAACCAUAAAAUUUUGCUUUAAAUUGAUUAAACAGCUUUCCAACAUGUAGAGCAGUAUUUACCCUUGAAGUUUGUAAUUCUUUCAGCUCUUGAUCACCAUAGUGCUCAUAAAAUAUUAGAAACCAAAUAUUGUUAAACUGAUUUUUUUUGUAGAUAAGUUACUACAGGUAUUUAAACAAAAAUUACAAUUAAAGUAAAUUCUAUAUACAGUACUGUAUAGCUUACUUCCCUGGAUAUACAGAAUUUCAAAUUAAAUUCUGAUAUUGAUACCAGCUCCUGAAAUUUGGAUAAAAAGUUACAUCUAAAUUUUUGUUUUAAUUCCUUGAACAAUUAACGGAAAACAGAAAUAAGUGUGGGUGAAUGAAGAAAAAUACCAAAAAUGGUCUCAAAAUUCAUGUAGUGUCUUCUUCUAUUGAAGACUCAUUUAUCAACACAAAUUUUCUUCCGACUUGUGGCUCUCGGAUGGGAAGCUUCGUGCUUUUCGACUAAAUUUGGGUUUUGUGUCUUAUGCCCUGUAAUUCAUUUCUAUGCCUCCAGCAUUCUCUAUCAUUCUACUUUCCAGAGGAGGGGGUCUGGAAUUCACCAUAUACUCUAUCCUGUUGUGAUACAGAGUCAUUUGCAUGCUCCUCAUGCUCUUAGGUUUGAGACCUGGAUUACAAAAUCUGUAUUUACCAUGUUGUUAAGCAAGAGUCUUGCUGACUUUCUAUAAGGUGGUUCCAGCCAGCUGUGUUUCCACAUUCUCAUGAUGUCAAGAAGUUUGUUGUUCUGAUGUUUUCUUUGCCAAUAGUAUGUGCACAACAAUAUCAGGGCUUGAGCUUUGGGUGCACCAACAGGGUAUUGGCCUUAUGCUAUUUAUUGGAUGUACUUCAGCCUCUUUGCACUCGUGUUGUGCAUGGGCAUUUAGCACGAAACUUAUGUUUGCUCUCUUCUGCCAUCUUAUUCCACGGGUAAACCAUGACUGUAUUUUUCUAUUUACUAAUUGGUUCUUUUAAUUAAUGUAAGCCCCGUCUUUUCCUUGGGGUUUGGGUGGCUCUUUUGUGAGAGAGAGAUGGCAGAAACUCUGGAAGACUUGGGUGGUCAGGUGCAACACAGAUGGAGCACUUACAUUACAGCAAGAUAUACUCAACUUUUUAUCUUACGUUACCAAAUUUUAUUCAAACAUUUGCUUGUUUUGUUGUGCUAAUGCUUUCUGGUGGGUUUCUUUCUUGGUUUUAGGUUGAUCUCUGAUCCCCAUGCUCCCCUCACCUCGUAGAGAGCCAGAUUCUGCUCUUGGCUCCAGCCCAACCACUUGGGCUGGACGGUAGAGCAACGGACUGGCUUCAUGCAGGUCGGUGCAUGCAAUACCUGUUUUUAAGUGGUUGGGCACCAUUUCUUCCCCCUAUCGCAAAUCCUUAUCCUGAUCCCUUCCAAGUUCUAUAUAAUCGUAAUGCCUUGAUACUUUUUCCUAAUAGUUCUCUUCCUUUGGCUGCCAGUAAGCAAGUGUAAUCUCAGGGGCCUAAUGCACUACUGGACCAGCACUGCAUUACUGAAGAACCUACCAGAAGAGGGAAUCACAUUUCAUUCAUUACUUGAUUCAUAUGUGAACUCAUAAAAAGAUGUUUGUUUGAAUUUUAAAAAUAAUUAUGUGUAUAGGGUAAAAUAAUUGAGCAAUCUAAGGGAUAAAUCAAUGAAUAGCAUUAAACAAAAAUAUAUAAUUUGAUCAGACUCGCACUGUAAAAGACAGAGUGCCCACAAUAAGGAGCCCCAGAGUGCUUAAGGGUGCCCACAAUAAGGAGCCUGAGCAGGUAUUUUCAAAUCCUAUAAAACUGAACUUUAUGAGAAAAAGUUUGUACCAAUUUGGUAGUAAUUUUAAUGGCCUAUUUUUUUUAAUAUUUUAGUUUGGUUUGAAGUUGAGCAUGUUGAAGAUUUUUUCCUUGUUAUGUACUGUCGUCUUGUGAUCUUUUACAAGACGACAAGAUUUUUUACAAGACAACUUUUACAAAAAAUUACUUAUCUUCAAACUGAGUUGGAGCCAAACAUGUUUUUGUUUUCAAGAUUUAAUUUUCUUUGUUGUGCCUUUUCAAAAAGAACAUUUGUUGAAAUGGUUCUUAUUUUAAGAUUUUCUGUGAUAACUGACAUUGCAUCAUCAUUAACUAUCAAUGCCACUGUUGCACCAUGAGUAACUGGUCUGUAACAAUGAUGCUACAUCACCAUUGACUACCAAUACCAACAUUGCAUUAUGAAUAACUGGUAACGAUGAUGCUGUAUCAUACAUUUGGUAGAAAUAUAAUUUAAUUUUUUGUUGCUGCCUUUUUACCUAGUUAGGUUUCUGUAUUUUAAUUGCAUCUAUUGUCAAAUAUAAAUUAUGCAAAUUUUAUUUCUCAAUGCUCUUGGUUUACUUAACUACAUUAAAAGACUCAUUAUAUUG